AUGGCGCCAGCUUACAAUGAAAAUGUGAUGAACGUGGAGGUCACAUCUCACGUUAGUAAUAAGUCUAGCAUUCUUAGUAGCGUUCUACACGGAAUACAAGAUGUGAGAUUGGAAGUUCGCAAUAUCACCGAACCUCUCAUCGGAGAACUCCAGAUUCAGAUCAAAUCGACUGGCAUCUGCGGUUCCGAUGUAAGCUAUUACAAGAAGUUCGCUAAUGGCGAUUUAUGUGCUUGUGCACCUCUGUCUCUUGGCCAUGAAGCUUCAGGUGUAGUUGUAGGGAUCGGACCUCAAGUCAAUGGCUUUGCUAUUGGUGAUCGAGUCGCCCUUGAGGUGGGCAUAUCAUGUGGUCAAUGUGAUAUCUGUAGGAAAGGAAGAUAUAAUCUCUGCAAGAAGAUGAGAUUCAGGAGUAGUGCAAAAAGUGUACCUCAUUUUCAGGGAACGUUGCAAGAGAGGAUCAAUCAUCCAGCUGUUUGGUGUUACAAGCUUCCAGAUCAUAUCUCAUUCGAUGCUGCUGCACUUUUGGAACCACUCUCCGUGGCAAUUCAUUCUGUGAAUCGAGCAGCACCUACACCUGGGUCCACAGCUGUUGUCAUCGGAGCUGGAGCAGUAGGCCUCCUCGUCGCUGCCAUGGCCCGUCAAUCUGGCUGCCCUAUCGUAACGAUAACCGACAUCUCCGCGAACCGGGUUCAAUACGCCCUCGACCACGGUUUCGCUACCCACGGAUACGUGAUUCCUCCUUCUAGCUCUAACUCCAGCGCUCCCUCUACUGCUCACUCCUCGGGAACCUCCACUCCUUCUCUAGCUUCAGGAACCACAACACCUAUCUCUUCCUAUACCACCAUCUCCGAUCGUCUCAACUCUGCCAAAUCCACUGCUUCCGAAAUCCUCUCCAUUUCAUCCCUAGAUGACAUCCUUGCCGAAGACGACCACGAAGGCGCUGACAUAACCUUUGAAUGCACCGGCAAAGAAAUUUGCAUGCAAACCGCCAUCUACAGCACCAAACCGGGUGGAAAAGUAAUCAUGGUCGGCAUGGGAACACCCAUCCAAACGCUCCCUCUCUCCGCUGCUCAUCUCCGCGAAGUAGAUAUUCUAGGUGUCUUCAGAUAUGCAAAUACGUAUCCGACCGGCAUCAGAAUGUUAGGUGCUAGCGGGAAGAAAGGAGGUCUUCCAAGCUUGGACAACAUGGUUACGCAUCGGUUUAAAGGUCUGGGAAUGGCAAAGCAAGCAUUUGAGUUGGCGGGAAAGACCAUGGAUGAGCACGGUGAUCUUAUCCUAAAGGUGGUUAUUGAGGUAUAG